UGCUUGUUAUUGCGUGCAUGUAAUCCAUCCAUUGCGGUAGCGGUUUCCACAACAAAUCGACUUAAAUCCGGUAUUAUUCGUGUACAGUUUCGUUAGAAUGGAUGCGAACGUAAAGUCAAACCUUCCGUGGGUGGAAAAGUAUCGUCCGGCCAAACUGAACGACCUUAUUUCGCACGAGGAAAUCAUUGGCACGAUCAACAAAUUCAUCAAGGAAGAACAAUUGCCACACUUGCUGUUUUACGGACCUCCCGGCACGGGCAAAACUAGCACAAUUCUGGCCUGUGCCCGGCAGCUGUACAAACCGCAGUCGUUCGGCUCGAUGGUGCUCGAGCUGAACGCAUCGGACGACCGGGGCAUCAACAUCGUUCGGGGACAGAUUUUAGAUUUUGCAUCCACGAGAACAAUCUUCAAGGGCGGAUACAAGCUGAUUAUCCUCGAUGAGGCGGACGCGAUGACGAAUGAUGCGCAAAACGCACUGAGGCGCAUCAUCGAAAAGUACACGGAAAAUGUGCGCUUCUGCAUCAUUUGCAACUAUCUCAGCAAAAUCAUUCCGGCCAUCCAGUCGCGCUGCACGCGGUUCCGUUUCGCACCGCUGUCGCCGGAUCAGAUUUUGCCCCGCCUGGAGCACGUCAUCGAGGCAGAAGGAAUCGAUGUGACGGACGACGGUAAAAAGGCGCUCAUGACACUGGCUGGGGGCGAUAUGAGAAAAGUGCUGAACGUUCUGCAAAGCACUUGGAUGGCGUAAAAAGUGACGGAGGUGAACGUGUACAAUUGCGUCGGGCAUCCGCUGAAGGAAGACAUCAAUAAUAUAAUAUUCUGGCUGCUAAACGAGGAGUCGUUCAAGGCGUGCUAUGAGAAAAUCCAGCAGCUAAAAACGCAGAAAGGUUUAGCGUUGGAGGACAUUCUGACGGAAAUUCAUUUGGUCGUCAAUCGGUUGGAAAUACCACCUCGUGUUUCCUCCCAGCUGCUGAUCAAUCUGGCAUCGAUCGAGGAACGAUUAGCGGAUGGGUGUGUGGAGAAACCUCAAAUCACAGCGCUGAUAGCUGCAUUCAGCAAAGUACGAAGUGUAGUUGUGUAGCAUUUCCACAUUUUCCAUUUUACGUUAUUCCAUAUUUAAUCAAUA